GAAAGCGAAGAGCAUAAACUACACAGGACGAGGAGAGAGAGAAAGAGUGUUUACAAAGAAAGAGAGAGAGAGAGAGACUGUUUCUGUCUUACCCAUUCGAGGAAUCAAAGCAUCUUUUUUUUUCUCGAGCUCACAAAGAAGACGAGACGGAGGGAGAGAGAGAGAGAGAGAAAGAGGCAGAAGAAGAAGAUAAGGGGAGAAACGAAACUAGGGUUUCUCUUUCUUUCCGCAUUCAUCAUCCUAGCUAAAUAAUUGCUGUCCAUAUUGGGAAGUAGUUAAAGCAGCUUGAACCUGGAAAUAAAGCUUCAAAGGAGUGAUUUUGGGAAUUGUGGCUUUCUGAGCUCAUGUAUUUUUGAAAGAUACACUUUCUAACAAGCUGUAAAACCGGGUCAUGAAUGCGUGGCUAGUGACAUGCUCGAACCAAGGGGAGCGGACAUACCAAUACUUUUCCUGGUUCUGGUCGUGCUUCCUGUUGUAGCUUACAUACUAUUAGGUAAAUGGAGUCAUAUUUCUGAAAAAAGAGGAAGGGCUAACCUGCUGGCUCAGAUGGCAGCUGAAGAAGCUUUUAGAGCUGAGACCGAUGUUAAUGAGAAUAGGAGGAGUCUGAGAUUCGAGACUGUGGCGGCGGCCACUGAGAGUAGGGCUCCGAGAAACAGGACCAAGACGACUGCUCCUGCUUGGACCGGUUCUGUAAGAUCAGAGUUUGUGGCUGGUGUGAGUGGGAGUGUCGCUGAGCUGAGACCUGAUGAUUCUGUAGCUGCUGCUACAUGUGGGGUCCCAGAGGGACAUGUAUGUGCAAGGUGUUUAAACCCUGCUAAGACACGCUGCUCGAGAUGCAAAUCUGUUAGAUACUGCUCUGGGAAGUGUCAGAUAAUUCACUGGAGGUUAUCUCAUAAAGAUGAAUGUGUCCCGGUGGAGACUUGCUCAUCAGAGAGGGUCUCCUUCGAGAAUGAUUCUGUUUUGCAUGAUAACGGCAUGGAUUCUUCUUCUACAAUGUAUACUAAGCAGACGGUGAAGGGAAAGACUUCAAAAAGCUCUGUGGAAUUUGCAAGCGCUGGUAUCUCUCAGAUUGAUAUCACACCACGAAUCAACACGCAAGGGAGAAAAAGCUUAGGAAAACCAAACUCUUCCAAGUCCAACCGAGAAUCAUUUGGUGGUGAAUCUGCUUCUGCUGGUGGUGAUAGCAAGAAGGGUCACACUAGACAUAAGUCGAGAAGCAACAUUGGUGCUGUUGAAACGAACAUUGGAAGACAUUCUGUUGAUAACUCUCGUAUGCAAAUGAAUGGACACACUUUUGUAAGUGGUAUGCAGGAAAGUUACAAAAACAAUUCGGGAGUUUCUUGUCCAAACGGGACUAGAAUAGCUACACUUCCCAAAUCUGGAGAACAAUCAUGCACAGAGACAAGUAAGAAGGGACAAGUCGCUGUUGGGGUAUCAAAGACGGUUAGGUCUAAGGAUACAUGCAUGGCUGAAGAAAGCAACGGCAUCUCCGCAAACAUGGGUUCAAAUUUGAUGAAAAUGAUGGGUUUAAGAAAUUCCACAAAGCAUGAUAAGAACCUGAAAAUGCUUUUUCCAUACGAGGAGUUUGUUAAAUUCUUUCAAUGUGAAGUGUUUUACUUAUCACCAAGAGGCCUUGUCAAUUGUGGAAACAGUUGCUAUGCAAACGCUGUACUGCAGUCCUUAACAUGCACAAAACCACUCGUUGCUUACUUGCUUGGAAGAUCACAUUCAAGAUCAUGUUCUGGGAAAGAUUGGUGCCUUAUGUGUGAACUUGAGCAACAUGUGAUGAUGCUUAGAGAAUCUGGAGGUCCACUUUCUGCUAGCAGAAUUCUCUCACACAUGCGGAGUAUAAACUGUCAGAUUGGUGAUGGGAGUCAAGAAGAUGCUCAUGAGUUCUUAAGGCUUUUGGUUGCCUCUAUGCAAUCCAUAUGUUUAGAGAGACUUGGAGGUGAGACUAAAGUGGAUCCAAGGCUGCAAGAAACAACUUUAGUUCAACAUAUGUUUGGUGGACGUCUCCGCUCUAAGGUGAAAUGCUUGAGGUGUGAUCAUGAAUCAGAAAGAUAUGAGAAUAUAAUGGACCUAACACUGGAGAUAUACGGAUGGGUAGAAUCUCUUCAAGAUGCAUUGACUCAGUUCACCAGACCAGAAGAUCUGGAUGGAGAAAACAUGUAUAGAUGCAGCAGGUGCGCUGGAUAUGUAAGAGCUAGGAAAGAAUUGAGCAUUCAUGAAGCACCAAACAUUCUCACAAUUGUUCUCAAGAGAUUCCAGGAAGGAAGAUACGGGAAAAUAAACAAAUGUAUAAGUUUUCCUGAGAUGCUGGACAUGAUACCUUUCAUGACAAGAACCGGAGAUGUUCCUCCUCUUUACAUGCUUUACGCUGUUAUAGUUCACUUGGAUACUCUCAACGCAUCUUUCUCUGGUCAUUACAUUUCUUAUGUCAAAGAUUUGAGAGGCAACUGGUUCAGAAUCGAUGAUUCCGAGAUUCAUCAAGUGCCAAUGACUCAAGUUAUGUCAGAAGGAGCUUACAUGUUGUUCUACAUGAGAUCGUACCCGCGUCCUCAAAGAGGAGAACACAACGUAAAACCUCAGGCUCGGCAUUCGCAGCAACCAAGAAACGAUACAAAGGAGCAGCAGAGGAAACCGGUUAACCGAUUCAAACCGAGAGCGGACUACUACCACAAGAACUUAGUAGAGCCAUCAUCAUCAUCAUCAAGCGAAUGGUCUCUCUUCACGAGCUCAGACGAAGCAGCUUCGUUCACCACAGAAUCGACCAGAGACUCUUUCAGCACGGUUGACUACACAGACGGCUGCCACGUCCUAGACUCUCCUUUCUCCAUCUUCAACAACUUAUACCACAACAACAUCGUGGAGCCAUCCCCGCACAACACCGUCGCCUGCAGAAUGUUCUCUGGUACCAAACCCGAGACCCGGUAUUUCGUGGAGGAGGAAGAAACAAAUCACAACAACAACACGGUGGUGAUGGAGGACACAUCAUCAUCCCACGGCUAUUACCAGCAGCAGCAGAGUAUGUAUGUAGUAGAUUAUGAGACUAACCACUAUCAGGAUCAUCAAACUUACGGUUAUGAACAAAACUGGUAGUUUAGAAUAAGAGAUUCUGUCUUUUUAAUCUCUCUUUUUGGGGAUACUUAACUCGAGUUCCCUAACCGAAAACAUUUUGUCUUUUCAUGAUAUAAUCAACAACCUCUUGUCUGA